UUAUUAAUCGUAACCAUGUCAUUUUAUGUCAGCAUUGGUGUGAUGAGCUCGUGAAGGACAGUACUUGUACUAUGUUCAUGCUCGAGACACUUUGUUUAUUUUCUUAUUUAAGACUGGAUACUUUAGAAAGGAUUUAAAGGUCGGCAGGAUGUCCAUUGAUUUUGACAGUGCAGCUUUACAGACUCAGCAGGAGGAAGAGGAGUAUGAUCAGGAAGACUAUGCCAGAGAACAAGAGCUCCACAAGCUCCUGACUGAUCUCCCUGAUGAUAUGCUGGAGGACAGUCGUGAAUGCUCCUCACCUGAGCUCGACCGAUCCAACUGCAGUCACCAAGGAGAUGACAACAGACCACAGAAUGCUUUGAAUGUGCCUCAGUGGGAGCAUACAAGACCUUCCCAUGAGGAGCACUAUGAGGAAUAUGAUCAAGGCCCUUAUCAUGGAGACUACAGCUAUAGGAGUCACACUUCACAGACCAACAGUCACCCUCAUCACCUGCAGUCUGGGACUGAACAAUUACCCACAGGCUGGGACCAACAGAAUAGCCAGAGCUACCAGUACCAGAACGGAGACUAUGCCCACUCAUCCGCAGACACGGAGGAGUCACAUGGCAGCAAUUUCUCAGCUGGGGACCGGGUUGAAGAGGAGUGCUUACCACAUAACGCUCUUCAUCAUGGGGCAGGUUAUCAUGGAGCGGAGGUCCAGAACAAUGGGAACUAUGGAAAGCAAAGCAACAUUAGAAACAACUUCCAGGUUUUUGAUAACGGAGGAGCUGCGAACAAACCUGCUGACCAUUAUAAGGCCACUUACCACCCACAUCAGCCUUCAAACCAACCAAAGAUGUUCAAUUCCCAAGCGGCCACUCAGAAUGGCCAUUUUGACCAGCUUCAGAGGGACUUUAUUGACUCAACACAAAAUACAGCAGAAGGUCAGCAGCUGGCUCAGCUUCAGAUUUUGAACAGAGCUCAGUUCAGACAGAUCAAGGAACUGGAACAGAAACUAGACGACUGCAGCAGAAGGAUGAGAUAUCUAGAGCACCAGUUUACCAUCGUCAAAGAUGAGAAAGAUGGUCUGACUCUAUCGCUGAAAAAGUCCAGCACUCUAGCGGAGGAGGCAAAAGAGAGAGAAUCUCAGCUGCAAGAAAAAAUCAGAUCUCUAGAAAAACAGAUUCAGAUUCUUACAGCGAGAGAGAAGGAGAUCGUAAAGCAGCAGUGUGUAGCCGAGGCAGCGAUGGGCAGCAUGCAGCAGCAGAUGAUGGAGCGGUGUCGCUCUGAUACGCUGAUGCGAGCAUGUGAGCAGCACGACAGAGACACUGUGACCAUCAGGGAACAGUAUGAGGCCAGAUUGCUCACCCUUCAGCAGAAACUAGAUACUAAAUCACAGAGUCAAGAUGAGGAGGCUCAGAAGGGCCAGGGGCUGCUGGAUCAGGUCAGACAACUGGAGCAUCAGAGAGAGAAGGAUCAGGUGGACCGGGCUUCCGUCAUCAACACGCUCACACAGCGCCUGGAGGGGAGCCAGCAGCAGUGUGCCAAGCUGCUCCACACUGGCUCAGUACAAGAGGUGAGUCAGUUACAGAUGAAACUACAACAGGCUCAAUCUGCCCGCAGUAUCAGUGAAGACCUCAACAAAGCCCUACAGGAGGAGUUGACUGAGCUAAGGGAGCAGAUAAAUCUGUACAAGUGUGCUGUUAAACAUGGAGCCCUUUUAUUAGAGACAAAUGGAGACUGGGAGAACCAGCUCUCGGAGUCCUACAUGAACCUGGGAAUCAAGAAGUCCAAGUGGAGAAAUGGGCAAAUACACAGCACACCUCGAAUAGCAGAGGAAGGAGACUCUGGCCUGCCGAAGGAUGAUGUGGUCAGAGAGCUGAAAAUUGAGUUACAGCGCUGCCUGAGUUACUUGAAGACCAAGAGACUGAAGAUCUCAGAGCUGCAGGAGGAACUGCAGAGUUCCCAGUCUACCGUAGAGAAGCUACAGACACAGCUAGAGCAGGCCGAGAAGACCACAAGGGACUCCAAGGUGAGGGAAAGCAGUUUGGAGAAACACCUGGAAUCAUCUCUCAUGAAUGCUGCUCCUCACAAAGAGCUUGUCAGACUGCAGGAGGAGCGGCAACUCCUGCAGGAGAGAGUGGAGACUCUGGAGAAGAGGAACCAGGAGUUGAAGCAGAGUGAGGAUAAGUUGAAGGCAGCUAAUUCUGAGCUCUGCACUAAGAUGAGAGAGAUAAUCCAAGAGCUGGACAUGCAGGAAGCAGCAGAGAGGUAUGAGAUGACUCAGCAGCAGUACAGAGAUGACGUUGUGAAUUGUAUGCGGGCAGAGCUCACACAUGAGCACACGGCUCACAUAGAGCAACUCACCAGUGAGCAUCAGCAACAUAUGCAAGAACUAAAGUCGAAACUCAUCGACCUUAGUCAGAAGGUGUUAGCUGUGCAGGAAUGCUACAUUUCUGUUUGCAAAGAGAAGGACAAGCUGGAAGAAAAUAUGCAGAACAAGUUUGAAGAAGAGAGAAGACUUAACAUUCUAAAGAGCAGAGAGGAGAGUGAUAUUGCUCUGGAUAGACUGAGAUCUGAUCUGGAGCAUCAGCAUCAGGAGGACGUGUCUCGGCUCAGAGCCCAGUGGAGGAAAGAGACACCGGCUGAGAUUGAGCUGCAGGUCAGAAAGCAGCUGGAUGCCGCCAGGCAGAGCUGGCAGCAAGAACAGGAGACGUUGGAGAAGGCCUGGGCUCAAAGGCUACAGGAAGCUGAGGAAGAGAUCAGGAAGGUCAGGCAGUCAGACACCUGUGAGGGAGUGUGCCAGACCAGCUGUCUAGAGACUGUGGGUCAGUUGGAGGCCAGACUCAGCGCUCAGAGAGAGAACCUGCAAAUGGAGGCUACAGCCACCCUGGCCAAAUCAGUGGAGGAGGCUGUGAGAUGUGCUCAGAGAGAUUUGCAGCAGAAACAUGCUGAUGACAUAGCACUUCAGGUUGAAGGUGCAAUAUCCCAGGCUCGCUCUCGGUGGCUCCAGGACUUGACCUCCCUCCCAGAAUACAAAAGCAACCUGCAAGUAGAAAAAGAUGAAUGGGAGAGGCUACAACAGCAACAUGUUCAAGAACAGUUGUCUUCAGCUGUGAAGGCAGCCGAAGACAGGUGGCAGGAGAUGCUUCACACUAAAUGUACGAAACUGGAAGAGUGUAACAGGAGAAAUGGGGAGCUCCAGGAGGAAGUGCAUUCCCUCAGCACUCUACUGGAGCGCUCGGGCCAGGAGCAGGCUGCCCUCAUCAAAGCAGAGCUGGCAGCAGCCCAAGACGUCUGGAUCAGGGACAAACAGGAGGAGAUAUCCAGUCUCAGGGCAGAGCUCCAGAGAGAGCACAAACACAAACUACAGGCUGUUCUGGAGCAGAAAGUGCAGCAAAUUCUCAAACAGAAAGACACAGAAAUUCAGAAGACACUCAGAGAGAAGGAACAGGAUUGGAGGAGUCAGCAAAAGAUCAGACUGCUGGAGGAAAUGCAGCGGGGACAGGAGGAGGUGCUCGCUGACCUAAAGGAGGUGCUGCAGGAGAUACAUGAGGGUGCGGAGAGGAGAGAGAGUCAAGAGGGACAGAAGCCCAGCAACGUGACUGGAACCCUCAGAUCCAAACUCUGGGAAAUCUGCAGAGAAUCACUUAUUCAAGCAGUCAACCAAGCCAAGCAGGAGUGGAAGAAAAGCAGCGACAACAAGUUGAGACGUGUGCUGAAGGAAACCCAGGAGCGCCAUGAGGCUGAGAUCACAGGUUUUGAGGCUCAGAGGAAGGAGGGUGAAUGCAGCAGCGCUGGAUGUGCCGAAUCUCUGGCGAAGCUGCAGAAAAAGAAUCAAGAGCUCCAGAAGCAUCUAGAAAAGGCCUGUCGUCAGCUUCAGAGAACCGUACGAGAACACAAAAGCACUCUGCUGAAGAUGAAAGAUGACCAUGAGGCUGCUUUAAAGAAAGAGUGCGAGAGUCAUCUCAGAGGCCUUGAGGAACUCAAACAAACUGCAAAGACAGAAGCACUUUCAAGUGGUGCAGUCAAUCAGCAGAAUCUUCAAGCAGGUCUUGAGGAAAUGAAAGAGCAAUACAUGAAAGCAGUGGAGGAAAUCAAAGGUGAUAUGCUGCGGUACCUGCAGGAGAGUAAAGAACGAGCAGCCGAGUUUAUCAGGGCAGAGGUCCUGAGGGAAAGACAGGACACAGCCAGACGGAUGCGCAGGUACUACCUCACCUGCCUGCAGGAGCUGCUGGAAGAUGGAGGCCAGACCACAGGCGCUGAGAAGAAAAUCAUUAAUGCUGCCAGUAAACUGGCCGCCAUGGCCAAAGUCCUGGAGACCCCCGUGUCCAAACGUAAGCUGUCAAGAACUCAGAACUCUCAAGGUGGAUCAGCAAAAUCACACAUUGAAACUAACAAGUCUCCUGCUAAAGUUCUGGGUGGUGCCUCGCAUGAAGCCCACAAGGAUGGAAAGAACAAAAAGAUCCAUCAGAUCUACAGCCUAACUGAGACUAACAACCCAACCAUGACUGCUAAACAGAAAGGUAUCAAACCAACAUCUAAAGGCAUUGAACCUGAGUCCCUCAAGUCUGGGAUGCCUUAUAGUCCUAAAGUUACUGAGAUGGUUGGUAAGAUACUGCACAAUUCACAAAAAUGCACACAGGGUCGCUUUGCCACCUGUUCCAAAGUAGUUGAUGAUGGCUUUUUCAACAGUGAUGUCAAGACUCCUAAUGUCACUUUAAGAAAGCAGAGCAGAGAAAUGUACAUGGAGGGGUUUGAGUCCGGAAGAACAGAUCCGUCCAUCAAGCCAUUCCUGAUAGAAGAAGAUCCUGUUCGGGACGAUGGGCAAAGUGACUGGAUUUUAACCAGUAACGGCUCCAUCUUCAUGAACAACAUUCACCUGACAUCCUCCUAUCCAGAGCCUGGAAAGCCAUUCUCAAUGAACAGCCCUUUAUUGGAUCGUUUGGACUUUGGAAGUACAAUUGGCAAUAAUUCUGAAGUAACAAUUUACCAGGAGAUUUUUAAACCGCUGUCUAAACCCAAUGUGUGUGCAGACCGCAGAACAAGUAAAAACAGAGGACCAAUCCCUGGAUCAGAAGCAGAGAGUAUUCGUAAAAUGUGUCCAAAGAGAUUAUUUUCAGAAUUGAAUGUGUGUCAACGGGACAGUGGGUUCGACAGCCCUUUGGUACUGCUUCAGAAAUGAAAUGGAGACUCUUGUUUGCUUGUGUCCAUGUGUGUGCAUAUUGCUUAAAAACUUUUUUGACUUAAUUGUUUGAGCCAAAAGUGUCUUUUGUACUUGUUCGUUUUUACCAGUUGCACUGUUAAGUCAUGAAUUGUUUCUAAUUUAAUAAAACCUCAAAAACUG